AUGCUUGGUUCUCAAACCCGGGACCUGAGAGAGGCUGCUCGCAACGAUGACAACUUGAAUCGAUUUCUCAGCCUCACAAAGGUCUAUCUGCCAAGGUUACCCAAGGCCUCUGCAGAAUAUUUAGUAGCCAAGGUACCGGUUGUACAGUGGUCGUCUAAGUAUUCUUUCUCCUGGUUAUGGAGUGAUUUGGUUGCCGGAAUCACGAUCGGUAUUCUACUAGUUCCUCAAAGCCUCGCCUACGCCAAAGUCGCAAAUAUCCCUGCCCGCUAUGGCCUCCUUUCUAGCUGGCUACCGACCUUGAUCUAUGCCAUCAUGGGAACGUCAAAAGAUGUCACUGCUGGCCCGACCGCCAUAAUGGGUCUUCUCACCGGAGAAAUCGUUACAGAUCUCGUCAAGACAGGCUACGCAGCCGAGUCAGUCGCUACUGCAGUUGCUUUCUGGGUCGGCAUAUACUCAUUGAUUCUCGGACUCUUUCGACUUGGCUUCCUUCUCGAGUUUAUUCCGCUACCUGUGCUAUCUGGUUACGUUUCCGGUGCAGCAAUCACAAUUGUUCUCCAACAACUCAAGGGGCUAUUUGGUGAAGCAAAAUCUGCCAAUGAUACCGCUGGCGUAAUCCGCGUGUUCUUUCAACGACUACCAAACACCAAUUGGAGGGCAUUUUUGAUGGGCUUCUCUAGCAUUAUCUUAUUACUCCUCCUACAAUUCGUCGGACGCAAAUGGGGCAAAAAGCACCGAAUCCUGUGGUAUCUCUCCAUUGCUCGCAAUGCUCUUGUUCUCGUUAUUUUUACGGCGAUCAGCUGGGGAGUUAAUAAGUCACAUAAGAGUGAGCCCCUGUUCGGAAUAUCAGAAGUCUCCGGUACUGGAAUUAUACCUCCAUCUGUUCCUGAUACACAACUACUUGUUAAGACUGCUGGUCGCAGUAUCGCACCUUUUCUAGCGGCCGCAUUGGAGCAUCUUGCCAUUGGUAAAGCGUUUGGUCGUCGCCACGGCUAUGUCAUCGAGCAAGACCAAGAGCUGAGCUAUAUUGGUGUGGCCAAUUUGGUUGGAAGCUUCUUUUCCAGCAUGCCUGUCACUGGAGGGUUCUCACGCACUGCGGUAAACUCAGAAUCCGGGGUGAAGAGCCCUCUUAGUGGCCUGGCCACGACUGCUUGCGUUCUUGUCAGCAUCUACAAGCUCACAGACGCCUUCUACUGGAUCCCCUCAGCAACACUAUCGGCCAUCAUCAUCAUUGCUGUCUGGCAAAUUAUCUUACCUUUCCAGGUUUUCUGGCAAUAUUGGAAAACUUCUUUUGCUGACUUCGUCGGCAGCAUGAUUGCAUUCUGGGUAACACUCUUCGUGGACGUUGAGAUUGGCAUUGCCUGCGCAGUCGGGUAUAGCAUCGUCUAUGUUCUUUUCCAGCUAGCAUUCGCCCAAGUGGACAUGGUGACAAGCGAAAAUUAUUCCCAGCUCUACCCAGCUUCAACGUAUAGCGCAUUACCUGCACAGCUGCCCGAAGAUACAGUUGUAUUUGCUCUCCGUGAUUCAGUCCUUUAUCCCAAUGCUGCCCGCAUCGCACGCCAAUUCACUGAGUAUAUCUAUUCCUAUACGUCCGGGGUGCACGAAACUCCUUCAGGGACCACAGAGGAUUACCAAAUUGCGGAAAAAUCCACGAACAGACUCUGGAAUGAUACCAAAGCUAGACGCAUUGAGGAAUUGCGCAAGAAAGCAGGUACAACGAAUAACGAGGAAAGCUUCCUUCCCCACGUACGGACAGUGAUCAUCGAUAUGACGCGCGUCACCCACAUCGACACAAGUGGGAUGCAGGCUCUGGCAGAUACCAGAUCCAUGUUAAAGGAGUGGGCCGGCGCAGAUGCUGAACUCGCUUUUGUGGGGCUGAAUGAACGAGUGAGGGAGCGAUUCCAAAGAGCCGAGAAGAGCUUCGUAUCUUCAAAGAGUGAUAGUGGCCCUAGAGAUCAAGGCUACAUUGUUUUUGAUGUUCUGCAGACGGCACUAUAUAACACCCAUGCCUCUGAGGAGAGUACUAGUACGGACGUGGCUAAGAAUGACUCGUCACCGGGGUCGGAUUAA